AUGACUGUUGGCAACGGCACCGCCAAUGGCGGCCAAACCACCCGGCGGCCGCUCCCAUGCGGCAUCUACGCGCCCACCAUGACCUUCUUCGACCCAGAAACCGAAGACCUCGACAUCCCCACUAUCAAGAAGCACGCCGAGCGCCUGGUCCGGGACGGCCUCUCGCCGGACGCCAGUCCCGCUCCACCUCAUCCUCUACAACUACCCGAGGCGCCGUCGCCGGACAUCGACAUGGACUCGGACCUGCUCAUCCGCCUCGCCGCCCACCCCAACAUCGCCGGCACCAAAUUCACCUGCGGCAACACCGGCAAACUCACCCGCGUGGCCCUCGCCACCGACGCCAAAACCCCAUCCUCCCCAGGCUCGGGCUACAUGGCCUUCGGCGGCAUGUGCGACUUCACGGUGCAGACCCUCGCCAGCGGCGGCAGCGGCAUCAUCGCGGGGGGCGCCAACGUGAUGCCCAAGGUGUGCGUGCGCGUGUGGGACCUGUACGCGGCGGGCAAGACGGCGGAGGCGGUCGCACUGCAGCGCACGCUGGCCCGGGGGGACUGGGUGCUCACCAAGGCGGCGAUUGCGGGGACCAAGCAGGCGAUUCAGAGCUAUUUUGGCUAUGGGGGGUUUCCGAGGCGGCCGUUGAAGAGGUUGGAUAAGGCGAGGGUGGCGGCGAUUGAGGAGGGGGUGAGGGAGGUGAUGGAGGUGGAGAGGUCGUUAUAG